GAAGAUGGACCAACUAGCCCAGAUGUUCAUUUUGAACCUAUUGUUAAAUUAGCUCCUGUUGAAAUCAAAACAUUAGAAGAAAAUGAAGAAGAAGUGUUUAGGAUAAGAGCCAAACUUUUUCGGUACUUCAAAAAUGGAGAAACAACAGAAUGGAAAGAAAGAGGAGUUGGUGAUAUAAAAAUUCUUAAAAGUAACAAUGAUGCUUCAAAAUAUAGAAUAGUCAUGAGAAGGGAUAAAACGUUCAAGUUAUGUGCAAAUCACUACUUACUACCAACUAUGGAAUUGAAAGCCAACUGUGAUAGUGAUAGAGCUUUUGUUUGGAACACACCAGCUGAUUUUGCAGACGAGGAGCCGAAAGCUGAAACUUUAGCCAUCAGGUUUGCUAAUGCUGAAAGUAAGUAUACAUUGUAAAUUAAGUCCA